AUGCAAGGGUGUUUCGCGUCGCUAUUACGUGUACAGUCGGCGCUUCAAAUCUUUCAUCGUCAGUACAAGAGAGCAAGUGAUACCUCGUCGCAGCUUCAUGUUCUUGGAGAUCCGGCGUUCUGGGAUGAGCUCAGAGAAGCAGAGGCGGUUAUUGCACCGCUAUCGCUCGCUUCGUAUCGCCUUCAAAGAGACGAAAACACCGUCGGAGACGUAGUUCGCUCAUUUGGCGAUAUCUACAAGGGAUUUCAGCAGCACCUUGCUCAUCAAGAAAAACUGAUCGAGUGCGUCGAAGAUCGCUGGGAACAGUGCGAGCAACCCUCAUUUAUGCUUGGGUUUGCUUUGCAUUCUGUAUACGUGGAGUGUUCGAGAGAGCUACCGGAGGCAGUAUCUGGAAUCGGCACUCUUGCAAAAAUUGCUGUUUAUUACUACAGACGGCUCUUUGGCACCGAGGAAAUUGGCCAACUCCGACGUGACAUGCUCGCAUGGACGCAGAGAAGAUUCACAAUAAUGAAGCCAAGUGAGUGUCUUGAUUCACCCUGGGAGUACUGGGAAGGCGUUGCGUUGGAAAAGCCAAAGAGCCUGUUGCCGAAGCUCGCUAUGCGAGUGCUCUCAGUCGCACCAAACAUGUCCGUCAACGCGCACAAAAAGAUGCUGCAGCAUUUGAGAAUCCCAAGAAGAAGCUACUGA